AUGGUGGUUCGUUUAUACUCCGAAUUGAAGACACUGACCGGAAAUUUAAAUUUCCGUGAUUUUUUUUUUUCUUUUCUCUUUUCUUGUUUUUUCUUGUUUUUCUUUUCUUUUCUUGUUUUCUCUUUUUCUUCUCUUUUUUCUUUCUCUUUCCUUCAUUUUUUUUCUUUUUUCUCUUUUCUCUUUUUUUCUUUUCUUUUCUCUUUUCUCUUGUUUUUCUUGUUUUUUCUUUUUCUUUUCUUGUUUUUUCUCUUCUUUUCUUUUCCUUUUUUUUUCCUUGUUUUUUUUCCUUUUUUCUUUUUUUUCCCUUCAGGAAAGACAAGUCAAUUUUUUUUUUUCUUCUCUUCAACAUUUUUCUUUUCUUUUUCUUUCACUGUCUCUGUCUUCUUCACUGUCUCUGUCUUCUUCACUGUCUCUGUCUUCUUCACUGUCUCUGUCUUCUUCACUGUCUCUGUCUUCUUCACUGUCUCUGUCUUCUUCUCCUGUCUUCUUCCUGUCUUCUUCACUGUCUCUGUCUUCUUCACUGUCUCUGUCUUCUUCACUGUCUCUGUCUUCUUCACUGUCUCUGUCUUCUUCACUGUCUCUGUCUCUGUCUUCUUCACUGUCUCUGUCUUCUUCCUGUCUCACUGUCUCUGUCUUCUUCACUGUCUCUGUCUUCUUCACUGUCUCUGUCUUCUUCACUGUCUCUGUCUUCUUCACUGUCUCUGUCUUCUUCACUGUCUCUGUCUUCUUCACUGUCUCUGUCUUCUUCACUGUCUCUGUCUUCUUCACUGUCUCUGUCUUCUUCACUGUCUCUGUCUUCUUCACUGUCUCUGUCUUCUUCAUUGUCCAAGAGCUGGUGGCAGUUAUGGCCCAUAUAUUCAAUCUCACAGAAUUGAUAUCUACAAUGAAAAGGCACAAAUACUUUUACAGACUGGAAGGGCUUACCGAUGUUUCUGUACAAACAAACGGCUGGAACUUCUCAGAAGGUCAUCACAUAGUCGAGGGGAAACACCAAAAUAUGACAACAAGUGCCGUCACUUGACAGAGAAGGACAUCAAUCAGAAACUUGCAGACAAAAUUCCACAUGUGAUACGAUUUAAGCUACAAAUGACCACUGAACCCUGGGAAGACUUGCUCUUUGGUGCUAUCACUGAUAAUAUAGCCGAUAUUGAAGGAGAUCCUGUCAUUCUCAAAACAGACCAAUACCCCACUUAUCAUUUUGCGAAUGUUGUAGACGACCAUACAAUGGCUAUCACUCACGUCCUGAGAGGUGUGGAAUGGCAGAACUCAACUCCAAAACACAUUCAAUUGUACAAAGCAUUUGGCUGGAAACCUCCCAAAUUUGCUCAUUUGCCUUUACUUGUAAACAAAGAUGGUGCCAAAUUAUCAAAACGACAAGGUGACUUACAUGUAGAAUAUUUCAAGAAUAAAGGUUAUUAUCCAGAAAGCAUUCUCAGUUUUAUCUGUCAUGUUGGUGGUGGAUUUGGCACAGAUCAAACGGCUGGAAUGACACUCACAGAUUUAAUUGAAAAGUUUUCUCUCUCGAAAUUAAAGAAAACUCCUGGGCGCUUGGAAUUGAUGCACAUUGAUAGUUUCAAUCAAGAAUUUCUGGUUCAGAAGUUGGAAGGUCCUCAACGACAUCUUCUUCUGGAAGAAGCUCGCUUGCUUUUAAUCCAGAAAUAUGGAGAAAAAUUGAUUGAUAAUCCUGAAGCAAAAUAUCUGAAAGGGAAUUACUUACAAGAUGUGCUCGACUGGGCUAAGACCAGAAUCUCAAAGUUGGAUGAUUUGUUAUUACCUGAAUUUGAAUUCUUGUGGGCAGCUCCAUCUGUUGACUCCACCCAUGACCUUGUGUCAGCACCAUUCAAUGUCUCUGCAAUUAGUGGAAUAAAGGUAAGAAAUGAAUUCAGGAUCUCUAUCUCUCUAUCUCUAUCUCUAUCUAUCUAUCUAUCUAUCUAUCUCUCUCUCUCUCUCUCGUUUGUUCGUUCUGUUAUUCUGUUGUCUCUUUCUCGAAAUUUGUUUCUCUCUCUCUCGUUUGUUUUUUUUAUUUUCUCUCUCUCUCUCUCAUUCUUUCUCUUAGUUCUCUCCGUUCUCUCUCAUUGUGAUUAUUCUCUCUCUCUCUCUCGUUUCUCUCUCUCUCUCUCUCUACGUUCAUGCAAGAUUUCUCUCUCUCUCUCUCUCUUUCUCUCUCUCUCUCUCUCGUUCUCUCUUUCAUUCUCUCUCUCUCUCUCUCGUGAUUUCUCUCUCUCUCUCUCUAAUUCUCUCUUUUCUCGUUCUCUCUCUCUAUUCAUUCUCUUCUCUCUUUUAUUCUCUCUCUCUCUCGUUCGUUCUUCUCUCUCUCUCGUAAUUCUCAUUCUCUCUCUUUCUCUUUCGUUCUCUCUCUUUCUCUCUCUCUCUCUCAUUCUUCUCUCUCUCUCUCGAAAGGUUCAUUUCUCUCUCUUGAACAAGUUCUCUCAUUCUCUCAUUCUCUCUCUUCGUUCUCUCUCUCUCAGGAUUCAUUUCUCUCAUCUCUCUCAUUCUCUGA